AUGUGUUUAGAACAAGCAUACAAUUCCGUGGAGAGCGUUGUCAAUAGCAAUGCAACGGCCACGUUCCUCUACAUCGUCUCUCAACUGCCUAGACGGGGUGUGGUGCUGGAUAGUCAGGGUCCAGUGCUGAUCUCGGAGCCACGCUCGGCGGUCGAAUUCUCGAACGAGACCGGAACAAUGAUCCAUUGUUCGGCCCAAGGCAGCCCGCCGCCGAGGAUUGAUUGGCUUAUGGGCGACAUGUCACCGGUGAUCCCCAUACCGAACAUCCGCGAGACGCUGGUGAAUGGUUCGAUGUACUUCUUGCCGUUCAGAGCGGAGGGUUACCGGCACGACGUUCACUCGGCCGUCUACAGAUGUCAAGCCUCGAACAGUGUUUUCGCGUGGCUGACUAAACCUGUUCGCAUGUGUCCGUUGGUGCGUCAGAAGUACCAGGUCCAGGUGCGAGACCUAUACGUCCCGGAAGGAAAUACCGGAGUGCUCAGGUGCGAGAUACCGACGUUCGUUAAGGAAUACGUGGCGGUCACGUCCUGGGUACGGGACUCCACCUUCAACAUCUUCCCUACGCCGAAGGGCGAUGAUAAAUAUCAUAUGCUGCCGACCGGGGAGCUGCUGGUGUUCUCGGUGACUUCGGCGGACGCCCGUUCCAGUUAUCGCUGCCGGACCGUGCACCAUGUCACAGGCGACACCGUGGAAAGUUCUUCGUACGCCCGGGUCAUGGUGAACGAACUGUCAAACCCAGCUUCGCCACGAUUCAACGAACGGGUCAGUCCGGCACCGAUUCGAACAGGGGAGACGAUCGUGCUGUCCUGUAUCUCCCAAGGCUUACCACCACCGAUGUAUCUAUGGUUUCGCGAGUCCGUGUCUGGCACGGCGAUGAUAUUCAAUUCAGAGAGGAUUCACGCGCGGGCGGGUGUGCUGGUGCUACAAUCGGCCCGAGCGGAGGACGCCGGACGAUACGUCUGUCACGCCAACAAUACGGCCGGUUCCGAGAGGGUCGAAUUGGAAGUCUCUAUUAUAAGUAGCCUCUCGAUCCACCUAGCACCUCAACAGAUUAUAAGUGACGUUUAUGGGCGAACGUGUAAAGACGCGGAAUUCCAGUGUUCCGUCACCGGUCAGCCACGACCGGUGAUCACGUGGUCGAAGGACGGGCUUCCGGUGAGGGAGAGCGCUUCAGGGAGAAGCAGAAUCACUGGUAACGACGGUUCGACGUUGCAUAUCUCGUCGAUCGCGAGGGACGACAAGGGGAUGUACCAGUGUUUCGCGCAGAACGACUACGAGAUGGUCCAGGCCACCGCGGAGUUACGCCUCGGGGACGCGGCGCCGCAGCUCCUACAUAAAUUCAUCGAACACACAUUGCAACCGGGUCCUUCGGUCUCUUUGAAGUGCGUCGCCACCGGAAACCCAACGCCGCACUUCUCAUGGACCCUGGACGGAUUUCCUCUUCCACAGAACGACAGGUUUAUGAUAGGACAGUAUGUGACGGUGCACGGGGAGGUAAUAUCGCACGUGAAUAUAAGCGUGGUGCACGUGGAGGACGGCGGGCAGUAUCGGUGCACGGCGUCGAAUCGCGUGGCGAGGGUCCACCAUUCCGCCCCUCUCAACAUUUACGGGCUGCCCCAUGUACGACCGAUGGGGAACUACGCUGCAGUCGCCGGCGAAACCACCGUCAUCAAAUGCCCGGUCGCGGGUUUCCCGAUCACGAGCAUCGUAUGGGACAAAGACGGUAAAAUCCUGCCAACCAGUCGCCGUCAAGAAGUCUGGUCAAACGGCACGCUGGUGCUUUACGAUGUCGACAGCACCACCGAUCGCGGUGCCUACACCUGCACCGCGAAGAACGCGCAAGGACGCUCGGACUCCCAGACGGUGCACAUCGAAGUGAAAGUACCGCCUAAAAUCGAUCCGUUUAGCUUUCCCAACAAUACACAAGAAGGCCAACGGCUGCACGUGACCUGCGCGGUACGCGAGGGUGACUCGCCGUUGAAGAUCACCUGGCUGAAGGAUGGGAGACCGGUGGAGCCGAGCGAGGCGACCACACAUCAUAUAGGGGACUUCUAUCUCGCAUUGAAGAUACCGAGCGCGUCCACGGCGCAUAAUGGCAACUAUACGUGCGUGGCGAGCAACGACGCCGCCGAAACGUCUCGCACGGCGGCGCUAUUAGUUCACGGCAAUAGUGUUCGACCAAGUAGAAUGGGUGUGAUUCUGUGUCAAAUCAGUAAGAUAGUGAUAGUUCAUGGUCAGAUAACUAGAACAGAGACAGUAUCUGAUCAGAUACGUGGAGUAAGGACAACUCCUAGGCAAGUAGAAUAG